UGAGAGAGCUAAUACAAGAAAGAGAGUCCAGAUCCUCUGCAUAAAGAGGCAGGAGUUUCCUGCAUGCUGUUCAUUCCUGUGCUUCACGGUGAAGAGAGGCAGGGAUCAGGUCUCUGCAGCCUAGAGGUUCUGCACUGACAGCUUCAGUUUACCAGCUGAUUCCAGCCCAGCUGUCUGUAUCUAGACAGGGCAUUCUGGAGGGGACACUGAAAAUAAGAAGCAAUUGAGAUCUUCCAGUGUUGAGGACCCGUCUUCAGUGUUGCAAACGGAUUGGAGCAAGACUGUGGUGUUUCUCUGAAGAGAUGUGGCUUUCCCCUGAGUGCUUUACCAAGAAGAUGUCCCAACUUUCCUUCCGAGUGAGGGGGCUCCCUGCUUGCUGUGUCAUGGGCUUCUCCGCACAGUGAGAGGCUACUCAGCACCAUGGCAUGAGAGGAGGGGAGCAGCAAGGAAGAGGAAAGUAAAGUGAGAAUAGAAAAAGCAAUCAUAGAAAAAGGGAUUUUCUAAAACCCAACAAGGUAAUAAUAAGUGUUAAGAAGAUUAUUAAAGGGACUAAAAUAAAAAUGAAAAAGUAAAAUAGAAAAAGAAUAAAUAGAAAACAAGAGCAAAACUAAUUGAAGAAAAGUAAAUAAGAACGAGGAGGGGGAUAGAAAAGGAACGUGAGGACAAAGAGGAAGACAGGAAAUAAAAACGAGUGAAACCAGUGACCCAUAUAGAGGAGGCAUACUGCAUAGAGACUGCUUGUCCAGACUGCGAGGCAGGGAGAUGCCCCAAGGUUCAGAAGUGCGCCAGGCCAUGCUGCCCCUGCUCUGCGUGCUGCUGGUGUGGGGAGGCUGGGCGGAGAGGGGACUGAGGGGCAGCCCAGACCAACACACACAGAGGACAGAGACUGGCAGGGACUCCACCACCCAACCCAGCCUCAACAACCUGGAUACUGCCCCCUCAGAGUCUCGCUUCGUGGACCCCAAGAUCACCUGGCUGUUUUUCAAGAAUAAUUCCAACAAAGGGGUGAAUGGGAGGAAGGGGAACCGACACAGAGUGCAGAACCAGCAGCAUGGGCAGCCUGGCCCCCCAGGGCCUCCAGGACCACCAGGCCCCCCCGGCCUGCCCGGGCCAGCUCUCCCUCCCGAGGAACUGCUUGAGGAAUUCAGGGCCCUGCUGAAAGCGGCAGAACACUGGGGAGACCUGGAGCCGAGUGUGCGGUGCCCACUGUGCGAUGGCCAGGGAGACGAGCCCUUGGGGGGCACUGCCAGGCAGCCCUUCCUGGCAGGCCCAUAUCAUCACAUACAGACCGCCUUCCACUGCCAGCUCAAAGGCAACAGCAUGGUUCGCAGACGCAGUCUGCUGGAACUCAGUGACUUCACCUUUCAGCCAGCAGGUGGAGAUAGCCUGAUCCAGCGGGGGCAGGGCUUCAAUAUCAGCAGUGGCCGCUACACAGCACCAGUCUCCGGCUUCUACCAGCUCACUGCUAGUCUGCUCAUCGAGCACAGGGAGUGUCACAGGAAGCUGCAGCCCAGACCGGGAGACUGCAUCCGGGUCUCCAUCUGUAUCCAGUCUCUCUGCCAACACAACAUGUCCUUAGAGACGAUAGCUGGAGGGGGGUCUGCUGGGAGUCUCUUCACAGUCUUGGCCACCGGCACCUUGUAUCUGCAGGUAGGUCAGCACAUCUCUGUCUUUGUGGACAAUGGCACCGGCUCCGCCCUUUUUAUACAGAAGGGGUCGAGCUUCUCAGGGAUUCUAUUGGGUGUGUGAUUCCUGGAGACCACACCCACCUCUUCCACCAGCGAAUCUGUGACCUUCUGCAGAAAUGUUCUAAGGAAUGUAAAAUGAUCUUUCUUUCAAAGAAAAACAAGGCUGUCGUGACAAGACCACCAAACUGGACAAGAGACCCCCAAGGUUCACAGACAGAGGAACUGAGAAUGUGUCUUGGUUGUGGAUAGCAGAAACUAAAAGCCAAGAAAGCGUUUUUGUAUUUCAGUGCAGUAACUGCACCACUGAGGCCUCCAUGGCAGUGAGAUGGCUAUUGAAAACCCAGGAUGUCUUUUCACUGGCAGCGAACUCCCUCGAGCUGGUGACUCUUGUCUAAGUUAUCUAUGCAAAUAUCUUCAAAUUAUCAGAAAUUCUAAGGUAGAAAGGGCUUGAUUAGUGUAUUUUACAGCACUGUUGUCUUGGAUUUUCAGGGGUACUCCUUGGAUAACCCAAGUUAUGUAAAAUGCUCUAUCCAGCUGUGGCUUUUCCUGUUGGGGUAUCUGUUGAAUAAAGUCAACCCCAAACUAAAGUAGACACGCAUUCUGGAUAGGGCCAUCAUCUUUUUAAUAAAGGCACUAAAACGUUUGUCUGUACAUAUUUGUAAAUAGACAUUUGCUUUGAAACUAAUAUUCAAAGAUGUGUUUGUUUUCAAGUUCAGCGCUGAUGUGAUAUAAUUGAAAAAUACUAGUUUCAAAAUCAAUUUUUAAAGAUAUUUUUUUACUACCCCUUUGGUUCAUCUAGCCUAUGUUACACAUGUCUAUUAUGGACUAUAUCAAACAGGUUAAAAAACUCAGUAUUGCAUUAAGAACUAUUCAAAAUGAUUGCAAAUCAUAAAAAGGACCAGAAUAUAAUUUAAGUGUUUACCUAAAAAACUUUAUUUAUUGCUUCCGCUCUGAAUAAAUAUUGCCAUUAUUGGUUUGUAAGGAUAUGUGUGUGUCUGGCUUUUGAAUUCUGUAUGUACACAACAAUUUUAUUUUUUGAGGCUAGGGAAGGUGAGUGUGAAUUCACUUGCACAGAUUCAGGCCUGCCCUGAUAACUCCUGGGCUGCUCUUAUCAACAGGAGCUGAUAAGCACACUGCUGUCUGCACUCCACAGCUGCGACAGGCACUGAUG